UUGGAAAACCUACACACUCGAUCACAGUACAUCUCUCUCACUCACCAUUUCCGGUUGCCAACUAGUUCACUCUUAAAUUCCAUUAAUUUAAGCCCUUGAUUUAAUUUAGUUUUCUGUGACCUCUCUCACGCAUUCACUCUCACCCAAAACCCACAGCACCUCCAUCGCCAACCCGGCAUUCACUCUCUUCCACUUGCCAUUUUUGGCUCACUUCGAUCACCUCCCAUUUUGGUCACACCAUCGUUAGAACAGGAAGAGUAGCAUUAAGGCUUUGAUCCUUUUGGCAUCUGGGGUUCUUCUCAUUCUUUCUAAUUUUACAAUUUUCCGACGAUCCGGGAAUUCCUGAUUUCGCCUCUGGUAUUUUGGGUGAUUUUCUGUUUUCGAUCCUGUGCAUGUUUGUAGGGCUUUUCUGAAAAGUGCUUUUAUUUGCUGUUGCAUAAAAAAACCAUUUAGGUCAUAGAAUAUUUGAAUCAGGAUAUUUGAAAAGUUGUGUGCUUUUUCGUUUCUGUGAACCAUGGAUUCCUGCUGUGCGACAUUGAGGGCCAAUGGGUUCUUGGGGGAGAGUGUGAGGUUGGGUUCAAAGAGCAGAGAUUUGAGUGCCCUGUUUCUCAAAAGCUCUAAAUUUGAAAGCAGAGGUAGGAAGCUUAAGCCUCCUGGUGUGGCUUACUCCAUUUUUACCGAUGUCAACCAAGAGGCUGUGACGUUUCAGGCACCACUGUUUGAGACUCCAAGGGCUGACCCCAAAAAUGUGGCUUCUAUAAUUUUGGGUGGAGGUGCCGGAACUCGCCUCUUUCCUCUCACCAGCAAGAGAGCCAAGCCGGCGGUUCCGAUUGGAGGGUGUUACAGGCUGAUUGAUAUCCCAAUGAGCAAUUGCAUUAACAGUGGCAUUAAAAAGAUAUUCAUAUUAACGCAAUAUAACUCGUUUUCCCUCAAUCGUCACCUUGCUCGUACUUAUAAUUUCGGGGAUGGUAUGAAUUUCGGAGAUGGAUUUGUGGAGGUUUUGGCUGCCACUCAAACACCAGGAGAAGCUGGGAAGAGAUGGUUCCAAGGAACAGCUGAUGCUGUCAGGCAAUUUAUAUGGGUCUUCGAGGAUGCAAAGAACAAAAAUGUUGAGCAUAUACUGAUAUUAUCCGGCGAUCAUCUUUACAGGAUGGACUAUCUGGACUUUAUACAGAAACAUAUUGAUACAAAUGCCGACAUUACAGUUUCAUGUAUACCCAUGGAUGAAAGCCGGGCAUCAGAUUACGGACUCAUGAAAAUAGACCAGUCAGGGCGUAUAAUCCAAUUUGCUGAAAAACCAAAAGGCGCUGACCUAGAAGCAAUGCAAGUUGACACCACUGUUCUGGGGCUUUCUGAUCUGGAGGCUAUGAAUUCUCCUUAUAUUGCAUCGAUGGGUGUUUAUGUGUUCAGAACUGAUGUCCUACUAAAGCUAUUAAGGUGGAGCUAUCCUUCUUGCAAUGAUUUUGGCUCCGAGAUUAUUCCAUCAGCUGUGAAGGAGCACAACGUCCAGGCAUAUCUAUUCAAUGACUACUGGGAGGAUAUCGGAACUGUAAAGUCUUUCUUCGAUGCAAACUUGGCCCUCACAGAACAGCCCCCGAAGUUUGAAUUCAAUGAUCCAAAGACACCUUUCUACACCUCUCCUAGAUUCUUGCCACCUACAAAAGUUGAAGAAUGCAGGAUUAUGGAUGCAAUUAUUUCUCAUGGUUGCUUCUUGCGAGAGUGUAGCGUUCAACACUCCAUUGUAGGUGUGCGCUCUCGUCUAGAGUCCGGUGUAGAACUGAAGGAUACUAUGAUGAUGGGUGCAGACUACUACCAAACGGAAUCUGAGAUUGCAUCUCUGCUAGCUCAAGGAAAGGUUCCAAUUGGUGUCGGAGAAAAUACCAAAAUCUGGAAUUGCAUAAUCGACAAGAACGCCAAGAUAGGAAGAAAUGUGGUGAUAUCAAAUGGCGAUGGAGUUGAAGAAGCAGAGAGGGCAGACGAAGGAUUUUACAUAAGGUCGGGAAUCACAGUCGUAUUGAAGAAUGCAACGAUUAAAGAUGGAACUGUCAUCUAAAUCUAUCAGUUCGACGGCGAGGUACUUGUUCCGAGCCACGGUGAAUGGUACCUUGAUGAAGUAGCUUGAAAUGCUUGCUUCUGUAAAUUAACAUGUUUCUUUGAUGUAUGUAACUUAACAUUCUAGUUACUUAAUAAGAUCAAUAAAGCUCUUUCUUUCGUUUA